UAUCAGAGAGAAAACAACACUUUGGACUCUCCAUGUUAUCUUUUUCAGCAAAUGAUGCUGUGUCAAUGUUGUGGAAGAUUGUGGAGGCUCAGAGCAUGUGCAUGUCAAUUAAGAGGUGUACGGGACGUUCACUCUAUUGGUCUUGCUGUAAACACCCAGAACCAGUAUGGAGCAGAUCAGGGACCGUGUUUUCAAGCAUAAAAACUACAAUUUUGUGGUCGGUCUUACAACUCCAGAGUACAUAGACUCUCUUGAGAGUUUUGAAAUAAAAGACAGCGAUGUCUUCGUUGUGACUUAUCCAAAGUCAGGUACUGUAUGGGCUCAGCAGAUCAUCAUUUCCAUCCACGAACUGCAUGGGAAUCAGAAUAAAUAUUCAAACAACAUGGAGAGGAUGCCGUGGCUGGAGUACAAGACAGCUGAAUACACUCUUCUUCCCUCUCCACGACUCUUCGCCUCGCAUCUCCCUGAACAUAUCAUGCCUCCAGGAGUGAAAGAGAAGAAGGCAAAAAUCUUGUAUUUGAUGAGGAAUCCAAAGGACAACGUGGUGUCUUUUUAUCACUUCAGCAAAGCCAUGGCAGACCUGGACACUCCCGAGAGCUUUGACCAGUUUUUUGAGUGGUACAUAACAGGAAACAUUUUUGCAUCAUCCUGGUUUGACCAUGUCAGGGAGUGGUAUUUAAACAGAGAGCAGUACAACAUCCUCUUCCUGACCUACGAGGAAAUGAUUUUGGACCUGAAAGCAUCAGUGAAGAAGAUCUGCAACUUCUUAGGGAUAAACCUGACUGAAGCCGCCAUCAGUCAAGUUGUGGAAAAAGCUACAUUUCAAAACAUGAAGAAUGACUCGAAAGCAAAUUAUGAGCAUCUUCCACCAGAGCAGUUCAGUGGGAAAUUCCUGCGCAAAGGUCAGAUUGGAGACUGGAAGAACACACUGACUGUUGCACAGAGUGAAAGAGUGGAUCAAGUCCUUCAGGAGAAACUUGGUGAUUUGCCUUUGAGCUUCAUCUGGGAAUAAGCAGAGCAGCUCUUCAGGGUCUCCCAGGAGUUUUAAAAGCAUUGAUUUCAUUAAUCUGAAAAAAGCAUAAAAAUGUGUUUUUCUGGUAUUAAAACAAAAAAAACAACAACAAGAAAAGAUUAAUGUUUGUUUGCCCAAGAUGUAUUCAUGUCAUGUAGAUCAUGAUUCCAGGAAUCAACAAAGGUCAUUAAUAAAAUGUUUAUCAGUCAGCACACGAUACUUUGGAUUCUCAUAAUUUCUGAAUAGUCAUUAACUGUUAAUUGUGUUUUUUAAUCACAUCGCUUUGCCUUGACCUUAAAAUGUAAGAAAUUUCUUGAAAUAAAUGUACUUUUGCCAUGAA